AUUCCCAUUUGGCCCGUUAAAUUAUCUCCGACCCGAUCCGACCCGACACACAAAUAUCUCCACCCCUGUUCCGGCGACGACUACGAUUUGGGAGGAAGGUAAGCGAAUGGGUGAGGAGGCGGUCGACGACUACGAGCUCCACAUGGUGUGCUACGGCGGCGGCGGCGGCGGCAGCGAGGACGAGCGCGUGAUGGAGUGGGAGUCAGGUCUCCCGGGCGCGGACGAGCUGACCCCGCUGUCGCAGCCGCUGGUGCCGGCGGGUCUGGCAGCGGCGUUCCGCAUCCCGCCGGAGGCCGGGCGGACGCUGCUGGACGUGCACCGCGCGUCGGCUGCCACGGUGUCCCGGCUGCGUCGCGCGCCGCCGCCGUCGUCGUCGGGCAGCGGAGGGAGCUCCUCCUUCGCGCCCUUCCAUCCGGCGGCGAGGGGGGACGAAGGGGCGGACUCGUCGGCGGCGGGCGGCGGGGCGGCGGCGACGACGAACGGCAACAAUAACAUGAGCAGCAGCAGCAAGCGGCCCCGGCUGGUGUGGACGCCGCAGCUGCACAAGCGGUUCGUGGACGUGGUGGCGCACCUGGGGAUGAAGAACGCGGUGCCCAAGACCAUCAUGCAGCUGAUGAACGUGGAAGGGCUGACGCGGGAGAACGUGGCCAGCCACCUGCAGAAGUACCGCCUCUACGUCAAGCGGAUGCAGGGCCUCUCCGACGAGGGCCCGUCGCCGUCCGACCACAUCUUCGCAUCCACGCCGGUGCCGCAAAGCCUGGUGCAUGAGGUGCCCAUGUACGGCACCAUGGCCAGCGGCGGACAGGCGUACCACAACCACAACGGAAUGGGAGGAGGAGGGUACCAGUACCAGUACCAUCACUACCACCACGCCCACAAAUGACUCUUCUGUUGGAUUGGAUCCCUCAAUAAUCCCAUCGAUCCUUUUGGUUUUGGAUCUCUUGCUAAUUCAGUUCUUCGUGUGAGCGGUAAAUGGAUCUCUUUUAAGAAAUAAAGAAAGAAAGAUAAGUUUCUUUUCCCUUUUCAACAAAAA